AUCAAUGAGUCUGUUAUGGCAAGGAGCAAAUUGGACCAACCAACGAGUCUCUUUCAGCGAAGAGCAAAUGAGAACACACCACGUUGGGAGUGGUUGUCUCCUCUUGGUAAUGAAAAAUCGUUGUGGAAGAUUCUAGACAAAUCAAUUAACUUCCAAGUCUUCCAAACGACAAGAAUGAAGCUGCGGCACCUGCUUUUAUUCACCAUAGUGGGUCUAGUACUGGCAGACAUUGUCUAUAGUGAACCAAGUGUGGAUGAUGAUGAGGAAGAAGAUGAUGAUGGCCAAGUUGAAGUUGAAGAAGAAUAUUCAGUAAUACAAGAGCCACCAAGAGAAAAGCCUAAAUACAAGCGCCCUGUACCUAAGGCACCUGUCUUUUUCCAUGAACCAUUUCAUUCAAAGGAAGACUUUGUCAAGAGAUGGGUGUUGUCUCAGGCAAAGAAAGAUGGAGCAGACGAAUCAAUUGCCAAGUAUGAUGGAAAGUGGGAGGUGGAAGAGCCAAAACAGAACCCAAUUCAGGGAGAUUUGGGCUUGGUUCUUAAAUCCAAAGCAAAGCACCAUGCUGUUGCAACAUAUCUAGAAAGACCCUAUGAGUUCAAGGGAAGGCCAUUGAUUGCGCAAUAUGAAGUCCGCUUCCAGAAUGGUUUGGACUGCGGAGGGGCUUAUGUCAAGUUGCUAUCAAGAGAGAGCAAAUUUGACCUGAAAACAUUCCAGGACAAAACACCUUACACUAUCAUGUUUGGACCUGACAAAUGUGGCACUGAGAGCAAGAUACAUUUCAUUUUCAGACACAAGAAUCCCAAAACUGGAGAAAUUGAGGAAAAGCAUGCCAAAAAGCCAUCAGCUAACGUUGAAAGCUAUUUCACUGACAAGAAAACACAUCUUUACAAACUUGUUGUGAAUCCAGACAAUACAUUUGAAAUUUAUAUUGAUGAUGGUCUUGUUAAUAAGGGAAGCUUGCUGGAGGACGUAAGUCCUCCCGUCAACCCACCUAAGGAAAUAGAGGAUUCAAAUGACAAGAAGCCUGCAGACUGGGAUGACAGAGAAAAAAUCCCUGAUCCAGAUGCUGUAAAGCCUGAUGACUGGGAUGAAAAUGAGCCUGCCACAAUCACUGAUCCAGAUGCUGUCAAACCAGAAGACUGGCUGGAAGAUGAGCCUAGCCUGUUGCCAGACCCAGAAGCCACAAAACCAGCUGACUGGGAUGAAGAGAUGGACGGAGAAUGGGAAGCACCACUUACGGCUAAUCCGAAAUGCAAAGAAGUUUCUGGAUGUGGUGAGUGGACACCACCAACCAUCCCCAAUCCCAAAUAUCGUGGCAAGUGGAAAGCCCCAAUGAUUGACAAUCCAAACUACAAGGGAGUGUGGAAGCCACGCAUGAUCGAAAACCCAGCCUACUUUGAGGACAAGGAGCCCUACAAAAUGACACCUAUUGGGGCAAUUGGCUUGGAACUUUGGUCAAUGACAGAUGAAAUUGUCUUUGACAAUUUUCUAAUCACUGACGACUUGGAGAUAUCUAAAGCCUUUACUGCUGACACCUGGGACAUAAAAAGUUAUGAAGAGAGAGCAGCUACUUCUGCUGGUGGUAUAUGGCAGACACUGAUGACAGCCGCACAAGAACAUCCUUGGCUGUGGGCAGUCUACGUGGUCGUCCUUCUUCUGCCCAUCAUACUCCUCUCCAUUUGCCUUUGUCCCAAGGCUGGCCCUAUCAAGCAAGAGGAUAUUGAUGCUGAGCGUAAGAAAACUGAUGAAGCAUCUCCUGAUGAGGAAAAAGAGAAAGAAGAAGGGAAAGAAGAUGAGGAAAACAAGGAAGAAGAGGAAGAGAAUACUAAGGAUGGAGUUGGUGCUGGUGACACAGGAGAAACCAAGAAAGCUACCAAGGCUGAUCUGAAUGCUCCAGAGAAUGAGGAUGAUGGGGAGGAGGCUGAUGCUGAAGAAGAUGAAGAUGCCAAGGGCUCCCCUAAGAAAACUUCACCAAGAAGACGGCGACUGCGCAAGGAAUAGAUAAGCAUCAGCUGAAGAUAAUGAUGUUGUGCAUGUAUUUUGUGGGAUGAGUGAUGAGAUAUUUGGAUUCCGGCAAAGCCGUAGCUGUUGUUAAUGUAUUAAUAUUCAUCUGGUGCAUGGCUGCUUCAUCAACACAACAACACGGUGACUGGAGGUAGUACAUGUACUUGGUCUUGCCGAUGAUUUCUAGACCUCCCCACCACUCAUGAGGCUACACUGGUACAAGCUGCAAAUCUGAUAAGACACAAUAACAGAAAUUCUGGUAGAAAGAGCAAUAUAUACUUUCAUUUUUGCACACAAUCCCAAAAAAAAAACUUUCAUUGUAGUUGAAAGAAUAAAAUAAAAGCUAACAAAUAGGCAAGCCAAUUCUGCCUCACUGUAAACAGAUGCCACCACCCUAAAACCUUUGAAAAUAAAGACAGCUUUAUUGCAUCUAGAAUCCAUUUCAUAUUUAAAAUAACUAGAACUCGAUCUGAGGGUAAUUCUACCUCAAAUACACCUCCAGUCACUUCCCCUGAAAUACCUACAGCUUUGCUGUGAAAGUUGUUACAGCUAAAUGGCUGUAGCGUCACAUUCAUCUAUGCAUAUGUCGCUUUGAAAAUGUUUACAAUAAAAUUAUUGUUUUAAGUAAUGAAUACUGUAAAAGGGUCAUUAAAUUUGUAUUCCAGAAGCAAGUAUUUCAGUUUAUUUUUUCAAUCAGAAACUGUACCAUCUAGUCUUGCCCCUAAUGCACUGUUUGCCAGUAUUCCAUCUUGACCUGCCCAUGAAUGUUGUGGAUGUAUUGUGCCCAGUCUUGAGGGGGAUACAGCAAGCAAUAAAUAAUCAUCCGCUGCCCGAUCAUGUGGGAAGAAUGAAAAAGCACCAGGUUUUUAUGUUCUGUUCUGUUUGCUAACCGUGUUUUAUCACAUCCCUCGUUUCAUUUAUUUAGAAAAAGUGUACAGGCUGCAUUUCAUUUUGGUCCAACAGUUUACAUUUCUCGUCUAAGAGAUGGGUAAAAUCAUUUGGACACAGCAAAUUUGUGCCAUUUUAGUUUAAUAAUUUUGGAAAGAAAACUAAAUCAUUUCUCUCAUUCCAGGUUGAAUAAGCUGUAAAAUUUCUUUGAGUGUUUGGCUGUCAAACGCACAUUGUUACUAUUGUUUGAGACUGUAUGAAAGAAUAAAAGUCGUGUGUAUUGACUGUGGUGUUGCUGGUUGGUUUGAGCCAUGUUACUUUCAGUGUAUGAUCUUUGUACAAUCUGUUGUUUCUGGUUGGUUGGAGCCAUGUUACUUUGGGAUCUUUGUACAAUGUGUUGGAAAGAUGUGUUGAGAUUUUUGUUUUGCCCUUUUCUGGUUAUUAGCACACUUAAUUAUAAGUGACAUUUCAUCCAUGUUGUACUUCCCAUUGUUCACAGUUGUAUUGUAUGCUGUUUGAUAGUAGCUGUUGUUGCUUAUCAAACUAGGUUAUGAGUGUGUAAGCAUCAGAUUCGCCUUUGUAAGGGUUGAUUCUGGCCUUUUCUUGGGUUACAUGAGGCCAGCAGGUGUAAAUCUGCAAAAUAUUCAAUGCUUUGACUAACCCCCUAUCCUUUAUUUUCUAGGUACUGUCUUGAGUUUUUGUGCUGUGAUUAGCCCACCCUUUCUUUUCUAGGAUCUGUCUUGAGCUUCUUUGCUAUGACCAACCCAUCCUUUAUAUUUACAUUUUGUCUUGGACUUCUUUGCUGUGACUAGCCCAGCCUUUAUAUUUACCAGGUGCUGCAAGCAGUCAAGAGCUGCAGGAGAUGCCUAAGACUGAUGUUAACUUUAAUUAACUUCCAAGAUUAAAAAUGUAUAGAGGAAGGUUGUAUGCUCAAAUCUACAAUUUGUUUUUCUGAGAGAAUAAGAUUCAUUGACAGACAAUACAUUGUUGGCAUGUUAAAAACUGUUUUGAUAAUCUAUGAAUUACUGUAGUUUGAUCCUGGUUGGAGAUAAGAAAUUUAAAAUGCUGUAAUAUACUUUUUCUCUUAAAAUGAAACUAUUUGCUGUCUUCAAGGGAAAAAGUCUUUCGACUAUGGACUUUUAAUGCACUUUUUUGUAAGGUAACCUGAUGAGUAACACUUUUUUUUUAAAUCAAGCAAGCCCAUCAUAUAGUGAAGUUUUAAAACUUAAAUGUGUUGACACAUUAUUUAUUGCCAAUCUGUAAAUCAGUAUGUUGAAGAUGAAGACAGCUGUAAAAUGUUGAUGGGACGUUGAAGGGUCUGUUUGUUGCGCAUAAACUUGUCAUUUAUGACAGUAAAUGAAAGCACACAGUGUCAUGAAAGGCCUGUGUCGACAAUCAUUAUUCAGACUUUGUGGCAGACAAAAACACUGAAACUAAAAUGAAAGUGCCACAAAGGUAAAUGCUUUUACUGUGACUGAAACAUUUUCAUGGUAGGUUUCAUUUCUGUUGACAGUUCGUGAAAUGCAGGAGCUUACAGAUCAUCAGAUGCCUUUUACAUUCUUCAAAUUCAAUACCUUCUGGGUAGAGUGGUUGAUGUCUGCAUAUCUGUUGAAAGAUCUGAAAGAAUGCUAUUUUAUUUUUCUUCAAAUGGCUUGCUUUCCUCUAUUACUGUGAAGAUGAGUUCGUUCCUGGCCCUGAUCUUGUCUUGGGUGGGGGAUGGCUGGAUGCAGUAGGUGACAAAGCUGACCAAACAGCAAACAGACCUUUGUUGAGAUGUGACAGGCAGGUCCAGCCUGCUAAGGUUGGUUCCACUUUCAAAAAGUAGUGGAUAACCUGCGUUUUCAGUGAUACAAGCUUCAAACGGUAACAUUCUUGCUGUCUUACACUUUUUUAAUUGGCUGCAGCUUUGAGGAUGUAAUCAUACCAUGUUGCAACAUAUUGUGGAUUUUAUUUGUUGGUGCAUUGAAGGUUUUUUCCAUGUAUGGAAAAGGUACAUUUGUUCGGAUUUAGAGAGUUAGUGUCUUAUAAAUUAAACCCAUUCAUUCGCUAAAGUACACAUAAUGAGUGGGUCCGUAAUGAAAGUUCAGAGUUGAGACUUGGUUUGUGUGUUUCACUGCUACCAUGUAUUGGCGAAAUCUUGGCAUUCUCACACCUUAAAUAGCCUGAUUUUUUUUUAAAAAUACGACAUAAGCUUGUUAAGAAUAUGAUUCACCACAAUAAUACCUGUGGGUUUCGAUUGUGAAUCUAUGUAUUUUUAGAUUGCCAAAUAAAGAUAAUGGUAAAGAUUAA